AUGGUAGCUGAGGAACGGCUCCGCAGUCCGGAAGUGCAAAGAGCGGAGAUCUGGAAGGCCGCGGGCUUUCAAUUCUCCGAGGAGGAUAGCGCGCGAUGUAGUGGUAGCGACGACCUUCACAUCAGAGGCCACCGUCCUUUCCAGAAAAGUAAAUCGCUAGACAAGUACGGCCUGGCUUUUCGCUAUCCGCAAGUGACAAGCGUCCGAACCGCGAAGAGAGUCGGGGACCUGUUUGCGAUCGCCAAAGAGCACUUGUGGAGCGAGGUUUUAGCGGUUGGUGAUGAUUUUGUCGCAGAACAAUCCGAUGCUGAAAUUCCAACUCACGAAAUGCAGGACCAGGAGAAGCCCGAGAAGAAGACUUUGGCGCGCAAAGCUUUUGACGCGUUCUUCUCCCGAAAGAUGGGGCAGAAUUCGAGUUGUUCUGGUGGUGCUGGGCGAAAGUCGAGGAGGAGGACGGGCAGGAAAAACCCUAGGUUUGAAGUCGCCGUCUCUGGAGCAAGUACAUCGGCGCGUCUCGACUUUCACCUACCAACUUUUUCAUCGGAGGAGACAACAGCACUGAUACAGAAUCAUGAUGGUCUCACUCUGCGAAAUUCCUCGCAGGACAAGUUUUCCACCGCACUUAAGCUAAAGCGCGCUAUGUUUGGAGAAGCGGCUAAUCCGGAAGUUGAGAAAUCCCUAAACCUGCUUCAAACGAGCGUGGACUACCGGAUGCAGUUUCUUCUCGACCGAAAAAUCCUCGACAUUGUUGUUACAGUGGUGACCACGAGUGAUGGCGAUUCCAAAGAUGUUGAGCCACAACAUGAAAAUCAAAACGACCGCCGCGAACAACGCGACGACGACGAUGAUGAGGCGGUCCACCAGGAGAUGCAAGAAAACGCCACCAAAGACGCGGUGGAGGUUUUUUUCGACCGGUACAAACUGUGCUUCGAACUUUUAACGUCGUCGUUGACGUCAGCUCAGCCACGGUUUCUGCAACAUAUGGUGGAGAACUUGGUGGUAUUGCAGCAGCCGCCGCCUCCUCCCUCGGUGGGACCACCGUUGAAGCGUAGUGAACAGGGAAAAAUAAUAAAUCCAUCGGGAAUUACUACAAAGGAAGAUCCACUGCUUGCUCCUGCAGCAGCAGCACCUGAGCAGCAGGUUGCCGAGCAGCUCCCAGCAGGAUUCAUGACUGCGUCGUCCUCCCCUGUGCGACGAAAUCAUGAUCCGACGUGUCAAUGGAGUACAACUGCUCGUCGAGACCCGCAAGCCAUGCUGCACGACGUGUGGGAGAAAAUCACGUUCAGUACGGAUUUGCUCACGAAACUGAGCAUGUGGCUCGCGGCAGCGGAUGAAGAUGGUAGUGACGAGCAGUCUUCAACAUGCAGUGACGAGGAAGAAGAACAGCAACAGGAGCACCUCCUGCAAGAUAAAUGGAAUCCUGGUCCACCUCGUGCUACCCCCUCUUGCACUUCACGGAGACCACCACCACUACCUCCAUCCUCGGCGGAGAACCGAAAAAGAGCUGCAAGGAAGAUGCUCGCGAGAAGCAAACGCCUCCGAAAUGUCCCGCUCGCCUUGCAACUGGCGGAAAAGCUGCCGAAAGAGUUUCCGCUUGAGAAAUUCGUAAGGGAUUUGAGAAGUUGCACAAGUAGCGACAGCGAGGGAGAAGUUUUUCCGCUGGACCAUGGUCGUGGGGGUGAAAGGCGCGCCGAGUUCUUGUUCUCCUGUUCAUCUUCCAGCGAGGACGAGAUCAACGAAAGGGGGGAUCGUGAGGACGAUAUCAUCGGCCGCGGGCCAGCGGUCUUUUCCCCUACCGGAUCGGAAAUCAGUGCGUCGCUGCUCCACGAAGGGUCUGGACCCGCGCCCGUCCGCGCUUGCUCGGCUCCUCGACACAUAUUUUACAGAGACGUUGAAGUUCUUCGUUCUGCAGGCGGAGCUCGACAGUUGCUGACAUGUGGUCGUCGACGUACGCUGAGCAGUCCGUCUUCAGACGAUGAAGAAGUUUUACGGGUUGAAGCACCUAGUAUGGAGGAGCAUAGUGGCUUCUAUGCCAACGAAGCUGACUCUGACGUCGUGCGUGGAGGUGCAUCAACCCGAGCUGUUUAUACCUCAGCGGCGGGAGGUCCUGCAACCCUUGCGCUGCAUGGAUCAACAUCCUCCACUGGUGCAGUUUCCAUGGGAUCUUCCUCUACUACUACCCGGUCUACUCCGGCUCCUCAACAACAUUCUGGACCUGCUACAAGUCAGGGACAACAUCUCCGCUUGCCAAGAAGCAAGAACCACACGGAAUCUGCAGGAGCACGUAGUCGAGGUGGGAAUGAUGUUGCGACGGAGGUGAAAAUCAUAUCUUUGUAGCCGAAAACUACGUAAGAGUAUGUGUUUUACUAUAGUGCUCUAUACAUAGGAAGAAAACGCGAUGAAGCUGUACAUCUAUGUAGUAUUUUAGCUUGAAAGCAAUAGCAAAGAAAGUUGUUUUGGUAAUUUUUGGAUGAAACGGAAGCGUUAACUUAAUGUAUGAGAGCAUUUACUGUUGUAGCAGCUCCUGGCAUUGAAAUUGAUUUAAAUUAGCACUGCGGAUCACAAGCAGGCAUGUAUGAUAGACAUUCGAGCUAAAUAACAGAUUAUGUGUACAAAAAGGCUGCAUGUUUACGAAAGGCGCAUAGAUAAAACUGUUCUUUGACUGGAUUCGGCAAACUUCUGUACGAUUUCCAAACGGUCGAAUUCAUUGCAUUGAUUUCUUGAGGACAAACCCUCCGCACGAGAAAAAUAUUGACAUUCUCCCUGUGCAAGAAUAGAACGUUGAUUCGAAACCGCUAGUGCAGCAUCCUCACAAGCAAAAACCUCACAUAAAGAUGAAAGGAAC